AAGAAAAAAAGGAGGGAAAGAGCGAGGGAAAAAUCGAGGGAAUCAAAGUGUGUCGUCGGUGGUGAGAAGGGAUGCCUACGAAAGGGGAAAGGGGAAAAGCGACGGACUUCAGCAUCGCGGCCAUCAUGGCGCCCAGGGGUCCGUCCUUCGGGCAUUACCACCUGCAGGGCAUUGGCAACGCCGCCGCUACCGCUAAUACCAGCUUCGAAUGUCCAACCGGCAAAGCGUUCGUCGCCAAUUCGAAUCUCGAUCACCGAGGGACAUCGACGAGGGCAUCGCCGGUGAACAUCGUUGCGACGGCGACCGUGGUGACGGACGAGGCGUUACUCGGCGACGACGAGGUGGACAACUGCGAGGGGGAGAGCGAGGGAACGGAGAAAUCGACCCAGGAGGAGGACGAGGAGGUGGACGUGGACGUGGAGGAGUGCAGCAGCGUGGACGAGGGGCCGAUCCACGACGCGGUUUCGGCCGCGGCCAACGCGGCGGCGGCGGCGGCGGCGGCGGCCAAGUGCCAACAGGACGGCAACUCGGACGAGAGGAGGGCGCAUCGGUUGAGGACCAGUUGCAACUCGGACGAGCUUCGGGACGUUGAGUGCCACCUCGAGACCAAGGAGUUGUGGGACAAGUUCAACGAUCUCGGCACCGAGAUGAUCAUCACGAAAACCGGCAGGCGAAUGUUCCCCACUUGCCGGGUGUCGUUCAACGGAUUGAAGUCGGAAGGGAGGUACGCGGUGUUGAUGGACAUAGUCCCGGUGGACAACAAACGAUACCGUUACGCGUAUCACCGAAGCUGUUGGCUGGUCGCCGGGAAAGCGGAUCCACCGGCACCCCCCCGCCUCUACGUCCACCCCGACUCCCCGUUCACGGGGGACCAGCUACGAAAGCAGGUGGUCUCGUUCGAGAAGGUGAAAUUGACCAACAACGACAUGGACAAGCACGGCCAGAUCGUUCUCAACUCGAUGCACAGAUAUCAACCGAGGAUACAUUUAGUACGGUGUCGACAAACGGACGACAACAAUCUUCGCAUAACCGAGCUUCAGAAGGAGGAGCACAAGACGUUCGUAUUCCCCGAGGCGAUUUUCACCGCGGUGACUGCCUACCAGAAUCAAUUGAUAACCAAGUUGAAGAUCGACAGUAACCCGUUCGCCAAAGGUUUUCGAGACUCGUCCAGGCUGACGGAUUUCGAUCGAGACCCGAUGGAAUUGAUGGAGCAGCAAUUGGUGAGGUGCGGGGUAGCCCCGGUCAGGUUGUACGAGCAUCUCGCGAUGUCGUCCCCGGCGGCGGCUGCCGCGGCGGCGGCGGCGGCGGCAGCCGCCGCCGCAGCCGCCCUCGGCGCUCAACAACAGCAGCAGCAGCAACAACAGCAGCAACAACAGUCCCAACAGCAGCAGCAGCAACAGCAACAGCAAUCCCAACAGCAGCAGCAGCAGCAGCAGCACGAGACGGGUGGGCACGCGUUGGCUCCGUGGAUGGCACCCUCGACGGCCCUGCUGUACGGAACGAGGCCCGCGACAGGGUCCUCCCCGUCCCCGUAUCCCGCCUCGCCGGCCGCGGCACCCUUCCCCUACCCCGCGGCCCUCCCGUGGCCCUGGCAGCCGCCCGUCGCCAUCAUCUCCCGACGAUCCUCGCCCCCGACCGCCUCCCUCAGGUACGCUCCGUAUCCUCCGCCAGCGACCACCCCCCCACCCCUCAGGCCCCGUCCCUCCACCCCUAAUUAGCGAUCGAGAGAGAUCGAACCAAAGAGAAAUCAGCCGACCAUCCCUCUCGCCGACUCUACCACGAAUUAGCCUCCUCUUUUCUUUCCUCUCCUUUUGUUUUCGUUGGGGGAAGAAGGAGAUCGUUUCCCUCCCCACGUUGCACGCCUCUCUGUGUUUCUUUUACGAACGAAUGCGAUACUCCUUUGUGUCAUUUUAUCCGGGAGGGAGGGGAGGGGAAGACGUCUCCUCUCGGGAGAAAGAGAAAAAUUUGUAAAUAAAAAGAAUUGUGAGCGAAUGUAGUAAUAAAAAUAAAGAAGAGAAGAAAAGAGGAAGGAAGGGAGGAAGGAAGAGAAGAGAUCGAUCGUAGAUGUAAUAUAUACGAUACCACGAUAGUAUUAUAUACGCGUGCGUAUAUUCCUUCUACUCUGAAGAGACGCACAGUGGUCUUUGUACAUAAAAUCUUUUAUGGUAGCGAAUA